AUGGUUGAAGGCCAUAGGUGCAAGAAUGGUAGCCAUGUGUCCUGCAGUCCCCAGGGCAUCUGUGGCUACCAAACUGACUUGAGCGGCUAUGGCUCGUGGAGUGUGCGUUUCUCCCAGGAGCCUGCGGAUCAGUCGGUGGUCCUCGGGGAGCGGGUGGUCCUGUCCUGUGUGGUCUUCAACUACAGCGGCAUCGUGCAGUGGACCAAGGACGGCCUGGCACUGGGCAUCGGGGAGGGGCUCCGAGCAUGGCCUCGUUAUCGCAUCCUUCGUGCUCUGGACACUGGACAGUUUAACCUGGAGAUCUCUCACGCGGAGCUGUCCGAUGACUCUCAGUACGAGUGUCAGGCCACAGAGGCGGCGCUGCGCUCCAGGAGGGCCAAGCUCAACGUGCUCAUACCGCCGGAGGACCCACACCUAGAGGGCGCCCCUGAGCUGUUGCUGAUGGCCGGGACUCCCUAUAACCUGAGCUGUGUGACGAGAGGGGCCAAACCCGCCGCUCACAUCCAGUGGACCAAGGACGGGGCCGCGGUGGACGGAGCGCACCAGUCCACCGAGGUGUUACCGGACAGGAAGCGUGUGACCACUCGGAGUUACCUGCCCAUCACACCAGCAGACACAGACAGUGGCAGGACUUUCGCCUGUAUCGCCUCAAACCCGGCCGUGCCCAUGGGCAAGAGGACCUCCGUCAUGCUCAACGUGCACCACCCGCCCACUGUGACCCUGUCCAUCGAACCACGCUCCGUCCUGGAGGGAGAGAGAGUCACCUUCACCUGUCAGGCCACUGCCAACCCGCCCAUCAUGGGAUACAGGUGGGCCAAAGGGGGCAUUCUUCUGGAAGGGGCCCGUGAGAGUGUGUUUAUGACCACAGCAGAUCACUCCUUCUUCACUGAGCCUGUGUCCUGUCAGGUCUUCAACGCCGUGGGCAGCACCAACGUCAGCAUCCUCGUCGACGUCCACUUUGGUCCGAUCCUGGUGGUGGAGCCUCGUCCCGUCACUGUGGACGUGGAUUCAGACGUGACUCUGAACUGUAAAUGGUCUGGAAACCCUCCCCUCACCCUCACCUGGACCAAGAAGGGAUCCAGCAUGGUUUUGAGCAACAACAACCAGCUGUACCUGAAGUCUGUGAGCCAGUCUGACGCCGGGCAGUACGUCUGUAAAGCCAUCGUACCGAGGAUCGGAGUGGGAGAGACAGAGGUCACACUCACUGUUAAUGGUCCUCCGAUCAUCUCGAGCGAGCCCGUGCAGUACGCCGUCCGAGGGGAGAGAGGAGAGAUCAAGUGCUACAUCGCCAGCACUCCCCCUCCAGAUAAGAUCGUGUGGGCGUGGAAGGAGAACGUGUGGGAGAAGGAGAAGGGGACCCUGAUGGAGCGUUACACUGUGGAGCAGAGCAAACCUCCGACACAAGGGGGCGCCGUCCUGUCCACGCUCACCAUUAACAACGUGAUGGAGUCGGACUUCCACUCCCCGUACAACUGCACCGCCUGGAACGCCUUUGGCCCCGGGACCAUGAUCAUCACUCUGGAGGAGAGGGAGACCAUACCUGUGGGGAUUAUCGCCGGGGGAACGGUUGGCUCCUCCCUCCUUCUCAUCCUGCUGCUGUUGGCUCUCGGAUACUUCCUGUACCGUCAGAAGAAAGGCAGUCGGCGUGGGGUCACUCUGGGUAAACCUGAUAUUAAAGUGGAGACAGUGAACAAAGAGAGCCACAGCCUGGAGGAGGAGUCCACCAACGUCUCCACGGCAACCAGGAUGGUCAAGGCCAUGUACUCGCCCUUCAAAGACGACAUGGACCUGAAGCAGGAGAUCAGGAGUGAAGCAGAGUCCCGUGAUGAGUACGAGCUCAAGGACCCCACCAACGGCUACUACAACGUCCGCGCCACCACCCACGAGGACGCGCGCCCCCAGUCCCGCGCCGUCCACUACCAGGGCGAGUUCAGAUCACCCAACCCGUCCACAGGCCCCUCCGCCGGGCCCUCCUCCACCAGCAGCCCCCAGGCAGCCCCCACCGGAGCCGUGGCCCCCACCGGAGUGCCAGGGUCCAGGGCGGGCUGCUACGACCCGCGCCCCCCGUCCAGGAUCUCCCACACCACCUACGCCCACUUCAACACCUACUCCAGAGCUCCGCAAAGCCAGCAGCCGCCCGUGCUCCCAUCCCCGUCGGACUAUUCAGGAGACUGCGGAAUCAUGGAGACCUCCGCUCAGAUGGGAUAUGAUAACUAUGGAUACCCCGCUCAGUACGCCACCUACAGGAUGGGCUUUGCUCCGACCAUAGAGGAGGGCUAUGAGAUGUACCCCACGGGGCAGGGGGGAGGGCCGGGGCCGUCGCCGGGGCAACAGAGCCCGGAGACGGGGUUAGGGAAGUACGGAAGCAACACGCGGUUUUCCUACUCGUCUCCACAGUCGGACUACUCCUCCCGGCACACGCAGAGGAUGCAGACUCAUGUGUGA